AUGGAUCUGCUCAAGGGUGCUCAGCUGGCGAGAUGGUUGCCGCGGGAGCAGCAGGAAGGGGACACCAACAUCGGCCAGGUUGUAUCUUGUAAAGGAAGGCGGGCAUGCAGAGCCGUGACCCGUAGGGCUGUUGAGGUUGUAGGCGGCAUGGGCCCAAGGAUUUACGGAUCGGAGAAGUUCCACCGCCACACAGACAGGCCAGGCCAGGCCAGGAUAGCUUCGGUUGGACAGCUUGUGCAGGGCCCGAGAUUGCUGGGUGUGACGAAGCGCUCUCAUUGCAGGAUCCUCGGAUCGAGUCUGAGGAGGUGGGCCAACGAGGUGGGAGGGACGAGAAACAGCUACAGCGUCAUCCUGAGAUGA